UUAUUUUCAGUGGUCGUGCUGCUAGCUCGUAGACUUAGAAGAGGAGACAGAUAGAUGUAUUCAAUCGUUGAAAAGCGUCGCCUUUUUUAUUUGGGAUUCGAGUAAACAAGAAAGUUAGUUAUUUUGGUUUAUUUGUGUAAAGCUUGCUUUUUACUAUGUCCGAUAGUCAAAGCAGAGGUAGGAGGACCUCAAGCGAGGAAAGUAGAGACAGGGACUAUGCGGGAUCGCGUCGUCCACGAUCCACUUUAUCCCCAACAACAGAAGAACCGCGACAUAAAAUUCAAAAAAGAUCUUCCCCUGGAGAAGGUCCAUCAACUUCUUCAAGAAGUCAUCAUGAACGCAGUGAACGCCAUGAAAAAUCUGAUCGCCGUGAACGAAGUCCUGAACGUCGAGAACAUUCCGAACGUCGAGAACGAAGUGAACAUUCUGAAAAACCUGAGCGUCGGGAACGAAGUGAACUAUCUGAUAAACCUGAACGCCAAGAACGUUCUUUAUCUCAAAGUUCACGUCCUUCGGUUGGAGGACAAGCUGAAAGAGGUAGACCAGACAGACGCGAACGUUAUGAAAUCGUUCAUACUCGUCCACAAGAAAUCGAUUCAAAGUGUGGAAAGUCAGGUGCACCAAUCAGCCUCCAAGCAAAUUAUUUCCGACUGCUUACAACUCCAACUUGGCGGAUUUAUCAAUAUCAUGUUGAUUUUUCACCUGAUGUCGAAUUGCGACGCAUUCGGGGAGGAAUUCUUUCAGAACACAAAGGACUAUUCGGUGGCUACAUUUACGAUGGAAUGAAAAUGUUUAGUACAACCAAACUACGUGAUGAUUUGUUAAAAUUGGAAACAACAAGCAAAUCUGGAGAAAAAUACAUGAUAACUGUGAAAUAUGUUGGAGUUAUCUCUAUGAAAGAAUGGCAAUCACUACAAAUUUUAAAUUUAAUUCUUCGUCGUGCAAUGGAAGGUCUUAAGUUACAAUUAGUUGGAAGAAACUUUUUCGAUGCUGUAGCUAAGAUUGACUUGCGAGAACAUCGCAUGCAACUUUGGCCUGGUUAUCAGACAUCAAUCAGGCAACAUGAGCAGGACAUAUUGCUCUGCACAGAAAUCACUCACAAAGUAAUGCGCACUGAGACUGUUUACGAUAUUUUGAUGAAAUGCACACAGGAAUCCCGUGACUAUCAAGAGAAUUUCAAAAAGCAUGUCUUAGGGCUUACUGUGUUGACGGAUUACAAUAAUAAAACCUACAGAAUUAACGACAUUGAUUUUGCUGCUAAUCCAAAGAAGACAUUCAAAUGCAAAGAAAAGGACUUGUCAUUCAUUGACUACUACUAUCAGAAAUAUAAAAUUCGUAUAAGAGAUGCAAAACAACCGCUUCUAAUAUCAAAGUCAAAAGAUCGACAAAUACGAGGUGGUGGUGAUGAGUUCGUUAUCCUCAUUCCUGAGCUUUGCAGAGCAACUGGACUUACAGACACGAUGCGUUCAAAUUUUCAGCUUAUGAGAGCAAUGGCUGAUCAUACGCGAAUGAACCCAGAUCGUCGGAUAGAAAGGUUGCGAGUAUUCAAUCGACGUCUUCUUGAAACAGAGUCCAGUGUUAAAGUCUUAACUGAUUGGAAUAUGAAAUUAGAUAGAAACAUGGUAGAAAUUAAAGGUCGAGUUUUGGAACCACAGAAUAUUGUGUUCUUCGACAAGAGAAAAAUUACAGCUGGAGAACAAGCUGAUUGGACAAGGUCAUUUCGGGAUAAUGCUAUGUUUACCACACCUUCUCGUGGUCUCGAUCGUUGGGCAGUCAUUGCGCCGAACCGCAGUUCACGUGAUGUUAGGAAUUUCGUUGAUAGCCUGAUUCGGGCAGCAUCGGGUAUGCAGUUCCAAAUUCGUAGGCCAAGAGAGAACAUGAUUUUUGACGAUAGAAAUCAUUCCUACGUUAAGGCUAUUGAAGAUUGUGCUAAUGAUGAUCCCCAAUUGAUUCUAUGUUUGGUGCCGAAUAAUAACGCCGAUAGGUACGGUUCAAUAAAAAAAAAGAGUUGCGUAGAACGAGCAAUUCCCACUCAAGUUAUAACACACAAAACUGCCUCAAACCAACGUGGAUUAAUGUCCGUGGCGACAAAAGUUGCAAUCCAAAUAAACUGCAAAUUGGGAUACGCUCCUUGGAUGAUUGAACUUCCGCUCAGUGGGCUAAUGACCAUUGGUUAUGAUAUUGCUCGCGCAACCAGAGACAAGAGCAAGGCAUACGGAGCUCUUGUGGCGUCCAUGGACAUGAAAACAAAUGCCACAUUUUACAGUACAGUAUCUCCUUGCCACAGUGCUGAUUCACUAUCCAAUGAACUUACUAUAAGUGUUAUGAAGGCACUCAAGCAAUACCAAAGGGAACAUGAUAAACUACCAGCCCGAAUUCUCAUGUAUCGUGAUGGCGUUGGUGAAGGUUCGCUAAAUCAACUUGUUGAGCACGAGGUUAAGGAACUUGUUUCAAAGUUAGAGAAAAUCUACAAAGAACAAUCGGACAAACCUCUCAUGUUCGCCUAUAUUGUGGUUUCAAAGCAAAUAAAUACCCGCUUCUUUUCUAGAGGUAGAAAUCCCCCACCAGGAACAGUUGUAGAUGAUGUAAUUACGCUACCCGAACGGUACGAUUUUUAUUUAGUAUCUCAGUCAGUUCGACAGGGGACUGUUUCACCCACUUGCUACAAUGUAGUAUACAGUAACAUUAAAUUAACUCCAGACCAAUUACAAGUUCUAACGUACAAAAUGACUCAUUUGUACUACAAUUGGUCAGGAACUACUCGAGUACCAGCCGUCUGUCAGUACGCUAAAAAACUUGCCACUCUUGUGUCGCAAAAUAUAUUCCAGGUUCCGUCUAAUGCUUUAGAAAAGAAAUUGUAUUACUUGUAAUACCGAGAACUGUUUAUUCGUUUAAAGUUUUAAAAACAUGAUUACAGACUAAGAUACUUAUAUUUUUAAAUUCAAAUGAGCAAGGACUAAAAAUGAAUUAUAAAAAAACUGUGCUAACUUAUGAAUUGUAUAAGAUUUAAGUAUUUUGUUUUUUUAAAUCAUAAAAUACAAUUUAUAAACAUUCGUUUCUAUAACAUGGUUUCCAUUAAAAACCUAUACAAUUAUUAUAAUCCCCAAAUCUCUUAUUUUCUUUUGUGUUAUUUUCUUUUUUUCACAAAAUUUAUCAACCUUUAUAAAAAACCACCUUGGGACAAAGUAAAGUAAUGUACAAUUUUUAAAUCUAACAAAAAAAACUCCAAUGUAUUGGUACAUAAAUCUAAUUACUAGGGUUUAAACCUAAGCAACGAUAUUGGGCAUUGCAAAACUUUGUUUCACAUUAAAAAUUAUCAUAAAUGUAUUGACUGAAUGUGUUCAUCCUGGUCUAAAAUACUAUAUUGAAUACAAUCAUUAAUGAAGUUAUUUUGUAUUUUUUUAGAUUAAAAUAAAUUCAUUAUUUACAAAGA